AUGUCGCUAUCAGCUGCUGCCAACAAGAUCUCGGACAAUGAUUUCCAAAAUAUUGGUCCAGCUCCAAAACCUCCGGGAGCUGCAUUCAAUAAGACACAACCAAUAACUGCCUAUAUCAACCAGCUGGAUUUGAGAGAUAAAGCGCCCGGAGCACGUGGCAGAGACGCCGGAAACAGGAGGACUGGCUGGGUUUCGUACAAAGAUGAUGGAUUAUUGUCGUUUCUCUGGCAAAAACGAUACAUGGUUUUAAGUGAUUCGUAUUUGACACUUUACAAGGGUGUUCCAACACGACCAAAUGAGGAUCCUAUGUUACAAAUUCCAUUGACAACGAUUGUGAGUGUGAGUCGUACGCAGUUGAAGGCUAAUUGUUUUGAAGUUGUGAGAAAUAAUGAUCGGAAUUCGUCGUCUGCGUCGUCUGGUACGUCGUCGUCGUCAUCGUCUUCAAAUGUGAACAGUAACAGUGGUGCAAACUCUGACGGCAACAGGAAGUCUAUUUACAUUGCAACAAAGGCAGAAAUCGAGCUGCAUACAUGGCUUGACGCAAUUUUCGCGAAAUGUCCAUUACUUAGCGGUGUUUCUUCACCGACCAACUUUACACACAAGGUACAUGUGGGAUUUGAUCCAGAAACCGGUAGUUUUGUUGGUAUGCCUUCGAAUUGGGAAAAGCUUUUGAAGCACUCUAGAAUCACUGGUGAGGAUUGGAACAAUAAUUCUGCGGCAGUGAUACAGGUCUUGCAAUUUUAUCAAGAAUACAAUGGCGCGAAUGUCAAUCCUAAUGCCAAUGCCAAUGCCAAUGCCAAUGCCAAUGCUAAUGCCAGCAACCCUUCUUUGUCAAAGUCAAUCAAUCUUGGUCAAUCUCAAACAAGUGUUGCCAGUGACGUUCACAAACCUGUAGGCGAUUUGGUACCUCUACGAAAACCACCUACACCUCCUUCGUCUCAGGGCAAACCUCCCUCAUUCAGACAGGAUUCACAAACCUCUUUGCAACCGUCACAACCAAAUUUCGGUCACAAACAAGCCGGCCUAGUACCAAAAAAAUUCAAUGAGAACAGACCUCCCACAAAUGAGAGAACGGCUCCCAACGCGGGACCGUAUUAUGGCAAUCAACAACGUGCACCAGUAUUACCACCAUCCCAAACAUCAUCGGAAAGUCUCCCCAAAUUUCAACAUAACAUGCAGAAUCCUUAUGCUGUGAAGGGCCACAUCAAUCAAAGAAACAUAUACCCACAACGACAGGCUCCUUUCGCUCCACAGAAUGGAGUUAUUUCCAGAAAUAAGGAGGCUCCAAUACCACCUCAGAGACUUCAACCUCAAAGGCUGGCACCUGUGGCUCCUAAUAAGGCGCCACCAACGGCGCAUGCACCACAUGCAUUGGGUCCCAAACCCGGACCCACUUUACCUUAUAUUUCUUCCACUCAUCCCCCUCACCAGAGAGAUGCUCCAAAAAAACCAACUCAAAAGCCUACGAAAGAUGAAGGCGUCACUAAGCCGCGUAAACAGCAAAAGCCUUCAAUGUCUAAUGCUGAAAUUAUGGCUAAUUUGAAAAAUGUCACUAUCAAUACGGAUCCUUCAACAUGUUUCAAAAUGAUUGAAAAGGCAGGCCAAGGCGCUAGUGGUUCUGUUUACUUGGCACAAAGGACCCAAUUACCACCGUACGAUGAAAAGUACCCUUUACAAGAGGUCGAGCAGCAACACGUUGGGGACAAAGUUGCGAUAAAACAAAUGAUUUUGUCAAAACAACCCCGCAAAGAAUUAAUUGUUAACGAAAUCUUGGUCAUGAAAGAUUCUCAGCAUAAGAACAUUGUAAACUUUCUGGAAGCGUAUUUGAAAACAGAGGACGAUUUAUGGGUCGUUAUGGAGUUUAUGGAAGGCGGUUCAUUAACAGAUAUUAUCGAAAACAGUCCUGCCACCGGUAGUACCACUUCCCCGUUAUCAGAGCCCCAAAUUGCUUACAUUGUCCGUGAAACUUGUCAAGGUCUCAAAUUUUUGCAUGAUAAACACAUUAUCCAUCGAGACAUCAAAUCUGACAAUGUACUUCUUGACAACAGAGGACGUGUCAAGAUCACGGACUUUGGAUUUUGCGCAAAACUAACAGAUAAGCGUAGUAAAAGGGCAACGAUGGUCGGAACACCUUACUGGAUGGCACCUGAAGUUGUCAAACAACGUGAAUACGACGAGAAAGUUGAUGUAUGGUCAUUAGGAAUCAUGUCUAUUGAAAUGCUCGAAGGUGAACCACCCUACCUCAAUGAAGACCCAUUGAAAGCGCUUUAUCUCAUAGCUACUAAUGGUACUCCCAAACUCAAGCAUCCAGAAGGGCUCUCUUUGAAAAUCAAGCGCUUCCUCAGUGUUUGCCUCUGUGUGGAUGUUGAAUACCGAGCUUCAACUGAAGAACUUUUGCAUCACACUUUCUUUGAAAUGUCGUGUGAACCUUCGGAUCUAUCUGCCUUGUUACAAUGGAAAAGAUAG